GUGCUGGCGGCGAUGGGCUGCAGCAAGGCGGGGGGAAGGGCGGCGGGGGUGAAAAUUACGCCAUCAAGGACAUGUCCAAUCAGGUUUCGAAACAAAUCACGGCUAUGCGGCAGGACAUCGCGAAGUCCCAGCUGGAAAUCUCGCACCUCAAGAUCGAAAUUGCGAGGAUCGGUCGCGACCUCACGCUUUCAGAUCAGCAAAUGACCAUGCUGCUGGUACUGCAAAUUUCUAUCUUCUACUUCGUUUUCUUUUUGCAUCGUGUUGGGCUCGGGCACGUGCGUGCACCUAGAAAACUGUCAAUGCACGGGCACAACAGGAGCAAGUACUGUGCCUUAGCGUUUGCUUCAAUGAUCCAAACAACGUAUCCACACUUGCAGGAAUCGGGCGACCAACUGGAGUUGCAGGCGCAAAGCAGCAACGAACUCCUGACACGGCAAGUGCAUACUCAGAUUCGGGAUUUGCAGAACUUUCAGGAAACCAACCGGCGCACGCGCAUCACGCACUUGGAGCGACAGUCGACCCUCGAAGGGAAGCUGGUCCGGCUGGAGGCAAACCUCGCGCAGAACAAAGCACUCCUCCGCGAUCUGACCACACGGGAAGCGCUACUGACGAGCUUGUCUUCUGAGCGCGGACAGGACGACGUGGAAGAGGAACGGGCGAUCUUGCGGAAGGGCGUCCUCGUAGCUGCGUCUACGAUGCUGGACGUCGCGGAGGCCUGUCCCUUUCCACUAGCGAAAAGCGGCGCCUUUCUCGGGUUGAUGGAAGUGAUCAAAACGAGUAAGCGGUCCCUGACUGACACGGCGUCCGCGCUGAAAGAAGUGAGCUCGGUGUGUCCGGGGCAAGACGGAGCCAUGCUGGAGCAGAUGCUGGAGUUGGGCAUCCACAUCCAAAAGCUAACGAACAAUCUGUGCUUGGACAAGAUGGAGCAGCUUAACGAUCUAGAGUCUUCAAUUUCACUGCCCGGUUUUUUCAACGAAAUGGCAGGCAAGUGAGCUGCGAGAGCAGCACGGGUUCGAAGCACUAGCAGGCAUCGCUUUUGUCUGUGGAGAUCUAGUACUCAUAGAGCAGCGUAAGAAAGCGUAAG